AAAAGAUUGUCCGUGGCAAUUUUGCUGAUGGAACAGAUUGAGAAAAUAUGUCCUGAGGCUCAGAAGUGGAGGGUUUCUUACCCACUUUUCAGAGCGGCAUUUCCUGCCUGCUCUUUUAGGCAGUGUUUUGCAGUUUCUCAUCAGCUGACCAGUAAGUCAAACCAUGAACCAGUCACAGUUAAUUGAUUGGAGGACAGUUAACACAAGUGGAUAUUUAUUGAAUACAUCUGGACAUCACCCCUGUCCUUUGGGUUUUGGACACUACAGUUCCGUGGACGUAUGCAUCCUGGAAACCUCUAUUAUUGUGCUGCUAACCUUUUUGAUAAUCACUGGUAACUUGACUGUCAUUUUUGUAUUUCAUUGUGCACCUCUUUUGCACCAUUAUACUACCAGUUAUUUCAUCCAGACAAUGGCAUAUGCAGACUUAUUGGUUGGAGUUAGUUGCUUGGUACCUACUCUGUCACUUCUUCAUUAUUCCACUGGUGUCCAUGAGUCCUUAACAUGUCAAGUGUUCGGCUACAUUAUUUCUGUUCUGAAGAGUGUUUCCAUGGCUUGUUUAGCAUUUAUCAGUGUGGAUCGAUAUCUGGCAAUCACCAAACCCCUUUCAUACAACCAGCUAGUAACGCCCUGUAGAUUGCGUCUCUGCAUUAUACUCAUUUGGAUCUAUUCUUGUUUGAUCUUCCUGCCAUCUUUUUUUGGCUGGGGUAAACCUGGAUAUCAUGGUGACAUCUUUCAGUGGUGCGCCAUCGCCUGGCAUACCAGUGCCUACUUUACUGGCUUCAUUGUGUGCCUGCUGUAUGCUCCUGCAGCAUUAGUUAUUUGUUUUACAUACUUUCAUAUUUUUCGCAUAUGUAGACAGCAUACCAAAGAAAUUUGUGAUCGCCGGGCACGAUUCCCCAGCCAUGAAACUGAAUCUGCUGGUGAAACUGGGCCUGGUCAUAGCCCAGACCGGCGUUAUGCCAUGGUGUUGUUCCGGAUUACCAGUGUUUUCUAUAUGUUGUGGCUCCCGUACAUAAUCUACUUUUUGCUGGAAAGCUGGCGAACACUGGACAAUCCUAUGCUUUCCUUCCUUACCACUUGGUUGGCCAUAAGCAAUAGUUUCUGUAACUGUGUCAUUUACAGUUUGUCCAAUAGUGUUUUCCGUCUAGGACUUAGGAGGCUAUCUGAAACUAUGUGCUCACCUUGUAUGUGUUCUAAAGACCUGAAGGAACGGGAUCCUAAACCCCGGAAACGUGCUAACUCAUGUUCCAUCUAAAUACAGAAAAGGAGCAUAUCUGCACAAGCCCCCAGGAUGCUGCUUUUUCUGAAACCUCUACAAAUAAAUGUUUGCCCCUUUCAGCUUAAAUGUCUGGAAUUAUAAUGUCUAAAGUGAAGUAAUGUACUUUGAUUGAAAGGUCGCACGAAGAGUAUUUAAACACUGACAUAAGUAGCUUUGAUUAGGUGGCAGUUAACUUAGGAACAAAUAUUUUAGACAGAUUCUGUAGAAUGUAUACCCAUAAAAAGAUCUUUUGAAAAAUUUUCAUUACAGAUUUCUGUCCUGUGUUACAGCAGGUGUGAUAAGAUAGUGUUUCAUAUAAUGGUAGGAAAAGUAACUGUUCAUAGGUAAUGCAAUUCCAGUGUUAAAAAUGUGUUAUUUUAUAGAUGUGUUUAAUUAGGGAAAAGCUUAAUACAAAGAGGUGAGUGACAGCUAAUCCUCCUACAUAAAAUCCUCCCAAUCAUAUUGGAGUUUCCAGCAGACUGUGCAGUUUAAAUGUGUUAAUAAUGAACUCAUCUGUGCCAAUGGCAUCCCCCCCCCCCCCAAAAAAAAAAAAAAAUUACUGUAGAGACCUCUCUGGCAUUCCAUAGAGUUAACUCCUUUACCACAAGUUAUUUUUUGCUUUACCCAUUUUUGACAAUUUCUCUUGUAUAUGCUGUUGAUGUUGUUUAGAAUUUACAAAAGAUUCUUUUUCAUUCAUGGGUUCCACUUGACUGAAAAGUUUACCAACUUAAUAAGAAAAUUAUCCAAAAUGAAUGUAUUUGCUUAUAGGCGACUGUACAUUUAGCUAUGUAUUAUUUUUUACAGUAAAAUAUACCUAAUCUAA